CGAUCUGUGGACCAGAUAAAGAGAACAUGACGGUGUGGUAAAAGCUGAGCCGUCCGCGAUGCACGAUUGGGCCGCGCACGACCUCCACCGGCGGUGACUGGGCUGGAAAAAAUGGAGGAUGCUGGCAUGGAGUUCCUGCUCGAUGCCGUUGACAGAUUUCCAUUGCGGGAGGAGUUCGCCGACAGUCAUGAGCACCCAGAUCCGGUUCCUCUUGCAUUGUUGGCGAACCCCAGAAGUGAAGUUGCCGCCCCAGCAGACUCGAGUACUGGGUCUGGUUGUGCUCAACAGCUCAGUGUCAAAGUCAAUGGCAGCGCACGAGACGGGGUGUGGCGACGUCCCGACUCUUCCCCGACAAGGUCCGCUCAGUCAACUGACAGGAUCAACGCGCAGGCACCUGGGUGGACUAAAAGAUUAAGUCUGGGAAGUGCACCACCGGACCGGACACAAUGCCCUUCCCGAAUGAGCGCUAUGGAGCAGUCGAUUCACAAGUACGCAGAGAAGCCAACAAAAAGUGUGAUAAGGCAUGCAAGUAAAAUAUACACUAGGGCGAUGUUUGAAGAAUUCGGACGCUUGUUAAUUGAAGCGACAACAUACAAUGUCACAGAGAAGGAGAAGAUGAGGAAGUAUGUCACGGUUCACAACAAUGCAGCGAAAAGAGAGAAAUGGAGCAGGGUUGAGUAUGAGGUGAACGUAACCGAAGACAAACAGAGUAUACAUGUGAAUGUGGUCAGUUCGAGCACACUGGAAUGUUGUGCAGCCAUGUAUUGAGGGUCAUGGAGAUACUACAUAUGGAGGAGAUCCCUGCUAAGCAUAUAUUGAAGCGGUGGACCAAAGACGCGAGGGACAUACUUCCAAAAGAUCUGGUUCAGUACCAGAGAGAUAAUUCAGUUAACAUGUCGUUGACAUGUAGGCACUCGACCCUUUACUUGAGAGCAAUGGAGGUAGUGCGGCUGGGUGACUCUAGUGCAGAAGCAUUCGAUCACAUAUUAGACGGGCUUGAAGCUCUUUUGGUGAGUGGCGCACCUUUCAGAAAGCGAAGGAUGGUCUGGGUUUUGUGGACCGCAUGGGUGAAUUAGCUCCCGGUACUUUGCCUGGCAAUGGAGAGAUUCCAUGUGUUGGCGGCGAGUGUGUUGACAAAUGCAUCAGUGCUGGAAAUUCUGGGAGUGUCAAUGCUCUCCUUGGCCUCAUAGCUCCAGAAAAGAAAGGGGGGGUCAGUAGACCAACGAAUAGCAGGGAGAACGCACCGUACAAGGGUCUGAGUAAGCGCACAAGAUUCUGCAGCAUAUGACAGUGCGAGGGGCACAAAUGAACAAUUUGCCCUGUGAGAGGAGAUGCGCCGAAGAAGUCACAAAAUCUUGGAAGGUGUAAGAAUUGUGGUAUGGAAGGCCGCAGCCGUACCACGUGCACAAGCCGAUUGGGCAUUGCAGAAAACUGAAAUCUGGAAUUUAAUUGUUGUAAUCUAAGGUAUUUGUAUUCCGAGGAUUUUCUAGUGUUUUUCUGUGAGCAUUUGCUCCACGCUUGUUCCUCAAUUUCGUGUGGCACUCUGUUGGUGCGAAAACCAUGUUUCAUGAACAUUUGUACUAUGAUGAUUGUUUAAUCGAUGAACUGGAUGUAUCUGAUUUUC